UUUUAUUAUCCGUUUGCUAACAUCGUCCGUUUUGAUAUCUUAACUUGAUGCGUAUUUGAAAACAGGGAUGCUUGGACUUUAUUAUCUGUAUCUGUGUUUCACGGUUUUAGUGGAGCACAGCUUCGCUCAUGUUAUUCUUCCAUAUGUGAUAGAAACAGCGGCACAGAAUUUACGUUCAAAGAGAGAAGCUUCCUGUGGUGGAGAUGUAGAUGUCAGAGGCGGGUCUGAAGAAAUAAAGCUUGUGACGGAAAUAUUCAACGGCACAGAAUUCUACAAAAAUAAUGAAGACUGCACAUGGACGGUCAAGACCUUGCCAGACCAUAUUAUGAUCCUUCGGUCCGACUACUUCAGUCUAGAACAGAGCGACAAUUGCAUAUGGGACUAUGUAGAGAUUACGGAAGGUGGCGCUGCUGGAACUCCGAGUCGUUUCUGCGGUUGGGAUCCUAUGAAAUAUAUAACUGUAAGCAACGAAAUAACGUUACGUUUCAAGUCAGACGUGUCCUACGAGGACGAUGGUUUCAAAUUUGUUGUGGAAUCUAAACAACGAGAUGUGGAUGUGUCAAAGUGUGACAGUAGUAUCAUUGGUGGAGACGAUUCUAGAAUAAUGAAUAAUGUUGAAGUGGGGAAGGGAUGCUUAUACAGAAUACAGGCUCCUGGUGACAAGGUAAUAGAACUAAAUCUCAAAAUGUUGGACUUUGGAUCGGCUGCCUGCGAUGAUGAAAGUAUUGUUGUGUACAAAGGACUCAGUACGCAAGGAGAACCCCUGGGGAAGAUCUGCAGCGGUACUAAGCACGGGAUACAGCCGUACCACGUGAACAUGUUGUUUAUCGAGUACAGAAACCUCUUACAACAGGAAGGAGAACGCUUCACGAUCGAAUAUUCGUUUGUUGAGGACGUUUUCACCCCUGCGCCAGUCCCACCGACCACUCCUUCCCCGGUUGGAGGCAAUAACGACUGCAGCGGCAUGUACAAAGGCAUCAAAACUGACAGCGGCGAUUUGAUUUACGCAGCACCAGAAUAUGAAAACAAUAAAGAAUGCAUUAUUGUUGUGCGGAAUACUCAGCUGCCGCUUCACGUGGUCCAAAUAGAAUUUCUAUACUUUGAUACUGAAGAUUCAGACAACUGCAUGUUUGACUCAUUAAAGAUCAUGUCUGGAGAAAGAGCAGAUUCAGAUGCUCUUGGUGGUCCGUAUUGUGGAGUAAGUCUACAUGGUCGAACCUUUCUAACCAGUGGCAAUUCUCUUCGUCUCGAAUUUAAAACUGACGAGUCAAUUGCCCUAAGAGGAUUCAAGGCAAGGAUUUCAUUCGUGCCUUAUAAAGACUGUACAUGUGAAGAAAAUCAGAUAUGCAUUCGCCAGGAUCACGAGAAAAAAUGUAUUCGUGGACAACAGUGUAGAGUAAACACGUGUCAGAAUGGAGGCACGUGCAAAAAAACUGGCUCCACACAGAAGUGUUACUGCCCUGCAGGGUUUCAAGGAAACGACUGUUCACAAAGUGAUGGAGAGUUGUCUUCUGAUAUGUGGUUCACUACGGCGCCAGGAGACCGUGCAUUAAAGAGAGGCGACAGUUAUACUGAGCAAUGUGCUGUCAAAGUUCGGGACGAAGAGCGCGUGGAAUACGAAUGGACUUUUAAUGGAGCAGAGAUAGAGGCGUACAAUAGAAGGACUGGCUUUGGAUCUCACCCAGGUGGUGUAUUGCAGAUUGACAAGUUUACUGACGAGCUGGAGGGACAAUAUUCAUGUUUCGCAAAAACAUCAUCGGGUACUGCGGAACAUACGUUUGAAUACAGAAUCGUAGAAGAUUGCGAUGUUAGAAUAUACCCCGGCCCACAGACUGAGAGCAAGAGGAUUAACGAGAAUGCUUUACUCAGCUGUCAUGUGGAUUCGCGUGCCAAAGCAGUCCGUUGGAAGAAAGAUGGUGUUUACAUUAAUUUCGAAAAUAACACAAAAUUCAAGAAACUGGUAAACAACUAUCUCCAAAUUUCUGACGUUAGACCAUCAGACUCGGGAAUCUACCGGUGUGAAGCAGAAGAUAAUAACGGUUGCUACAGUUAUAAAGAAGGAACAUUAACCGUGGUUGAUGUUAAACCUCUAAAUAAAUAUUGCGGAAUAUCUUUGCACGAUGAAUAUACGAUCAACUCGAGAAUAUCCAAGGGCAGUGAGGCAAAACCUAAUGAACAUCCGUGGCAUGUGACUUUGAGAUCUAGUGGUGGAUCGUCUAGACACAUUGCGUUCUGUGGCGGAACUCUUAUAUCCAAGAGAUACAUUCUGACUGCAGCACAUUGUGUUACACAGUUCGAAGAAAAUGAACAAAUUGGCGUCCCUUUUACAUCUGAAAAUGUUGUGAUAUUGCUUGGUACAACAAAUUGUCUUUUGACUGGUGAUGAGACUACUAGAACAUUUAAAAGUUUCAUUGUUCAUCCAAACUAUGGCAACCAAGCAAAGAAUGAUAACGACAUAGCACUGAUAGAACUUGACAGUCCAGUUUAUUACACGGAUUCUAUACGCCCAAUAUGUCUGGAAAAAGCGGACUACAAUGACCGGGUGUUCUUCGAAAAAAGAACAUCAAAAUUGCCUGUACCAAGCAAGGCCACUGGAUGUGGCAUGACAAAAGAAUCUGGCGGAUUCGUCGAAAAGUUGCAGGUAGUUCAUAUUCCGUAUGUAUACAGAGAAGAAUGUGAAGAGUCACUUGGCGACCAUAAAGACAACUUUAACGACCGGAUGUUUUGUGCCGGAAGUAAAAUUGCAAAGGGUGGGGACACGUGUAGCGGGGACAGUGGAGGUGGCUUAGUUAUGAGUACAGAGACCAGAUGGGUUCAGACAGGAAUCGUGUCCUGGGGUUUGGGCUGCGAUGUGGACAUGCACUAUGGUAUCUAUACAGACGUAGGCAGGUUCUACGACUGGAUUGAAGGUGUUACACACUUUAGCGAAGAGGAGAUGUCCAACUUUUUAACCCUUUAAAUGAAGAGAUGACUCCGGCAGACACUAUAAUCACAUUUCAACGAUUAUUGUUACUGGUGCUAUAGAAGCAAUUAUAUAUAAAAACACAUUAAAUGACUACUUUCAAAAACAUAAAUGACCACAACUGUUAAUGCUCGGUUUGACAAUACAUUUCAGUAAAGUUGGGUGUUUUAGAAGAGAUAAUAACUGAAAACAUUUGACCUAUGUUCAAAACAGUAACACUUGAUAUAGAAUUAGAUAGAAUGUAUUCUUCAUUUAAGGAGGUAGGUGACCUUGUUACUAGGGCAAAUUCAAAUAAGUUGAACCGCAGCAAUUUUUUGUAUUUCGUGUAAUAUGAUGUUUUAACUGCUACAAUCUCAAUUUUGUUUAUCUCUGUCCCUUCAAGUUCAAUUUUUAUCCAUGUUUGAAGAUCAUGACCGCCCAAAGAUAUUUAUAUUGAAAGAAGAAGGAAAAUACGGAUAUUUAACACUUUUCAGUGUAUUUUAGUUUCAUUGAUAUCCGUAGAAGUCUGCAUAAUUGAUAAUUUUACUAGUAUGCGCGUAAACUUUCUAAUAUAAGCUAAAAAUGUAUAUGUCGCGGGGCUCGUGUUUCCAUGGUAACGCAUUUUCUCUCAUUUUUAAACAACUAUGUAUAAAAACAGGGUUUUCGACGGCUUCAGUGCCAUUCUGUGAAUGACCAACAUGGAAUAUUUGGGAAAUAUUAUUAGUAAAAUACCAAGCACUUUACAUGGUACCCUACAUUUCUUAAAAUUUAAAGUAUCCAUGGCAACAGAGAUGUUUAAAAUAGCUAAUGUCUCGCUUUUUGUCGUAAUUUCUUAUAAAAAGUAUUGAAUAAAAGUAUCUUUCUUGUUAAUGUAGCUUAUAAUCAUAUUAUUUCAGACGUAAGUUACAUUUUCCUGUUAUUUGCAUUUAUUUAAACAAAUUUCACAGCUUCAUAUAUAUAGCAGUACCAUUUGUCUGGCAUUUUUCAUUGAAAAAUCGUUCAGCAUGCUGCUAAUUAAUACUCUCAUGGAUAUUGUUGAAAUGAAAAUAAAAAGCCGAAAAUGUGUUCCUUAAAUAGACCAAUGUCAAAGCUUUUGAAUUUUACAUUUAGAUAUAUAGGUCACGGGCUUCGUUUCCAUGGCAACAUCAAUUCAAUUCAAGAAACCACAAUUUUCUUCUGAAAUUUCAACAAUUUUAGAUCUUAGUUUUAGUAUAUAAGUAACAAAUUAUCAAUGAAAAUGAAAAAUAGGUAUUACAAAUGAAACUGCUAGUUUUUUUUUUAUUUGAAAAUGGCCGUAACAAGUAACCUUUCACCCGACUAUAUUCCAAAUAGCAUUGGUUACCAUCAAACAUUUUAAUAUAACUACAUAAAAGAAGCAAAAUAUUAAUUAUUAUUCAGAGCAAAAGCCUCAUAAAAAAUAUUUCAGCAAAUAAUGGCUUUUUGAAAAUAGUUCAAAUAAAGAAAAUGCACAGAAUUACGUACUUUCAAAAUAAAAGCUAUUGCUUUUGCGCGGUAACUGACACGUAACGUCAUUACGUCAAUGACGUCAUUUUAAGGGAAACAUUGUUUUGAAGCGUUUCUGUGGCAAUUUAUUUGUUAUUUCUGCAUUAUUAAACCAUAAAGCAUCAGAUCGGAGACAGGUUCAUGAUUUGUUUUGAGAAGAACGGAUAUACAAACACAUUUUAGUUUGUCGUAAACUUCAUCGUAAAUCGUCUCGUUAGCUUCCGGUUGGACAUGUGCACUUACAAAUAUUAAGGUAACCUACCUCCUUAAGUGUGAGUUUUGAACAUUGCAAAGUUUUAACAAGUUUUAAACUGUUGAUUCUGACCUGCUCAUUUUCAGUGAAAACUAAAACCUAUUUGUUAAACGAGUUUUAACCAGUAUUUAUAUGACAUUCAUUAAGUUUGUAAAAUAUGCAGAUUCUAUGUACCGAGUUAGAAUCACAGUGCCGAUUGGAUAUUAAUCAACAAAAAUAAUAGCUUAGGAUAUAUUGUUAUUGUUAUCGGCGUAUGAGGUGUCAAGAGAUUCCUAUGUAUCAUCUUACCACGAUAAACUGUAUCCUCAGAUUCCAUGUUUCCUAAAUUUGUUACUUGCCAUAUGCUUUUAUGAAAAAUUAUCUUUAUCUUUACACAUUUUUGACUAUCAAAACCUAGAUCAUUACUAUAUCUAUAUGAUAACUGAACUCGUAUUAUAACAGCAAUAAGAAAAGAUAUCCAAGCUU